ACAAUCAUCAAAAUGAAAACAAAAUACUCAUUAGUGCACCGUACACCCGAAUAUAUAUAAUAAUCUCUCGUCUACUACAGGAAUUUGCGAGAAUAGAAAGAUCUCAAGCCCGCCCAAAACAAACAUUUGCACCGCCUUCAUCUAAAACCCCAAAUAACCCCCUCACUUCACUCUUCUCCCAAUUUCACCACACCCCAACAAAAACUCCAUCACUUUCUCUCUCCUCCUUCUUCCGCCAUGGACGAUAGCUUAUACGACGAGUUCGGCAACUACAUUGGCCCCGAAAUCGACUCCGACCAAGACAACGAUUCCGACGCCGAAAUCCCCUCCGACGAUGACGCCGACAAACGCCCUUCCGACGACGAAGCUCCUUCCUCCGCCGCCGGACCCACCAACGGCUGGAUGACAACUUCACACGGCGUCGAAGACGACGAAGACACUGAAAUGGCCGACAAUCAGGUUGUUCUUGCCGAAGACAAGAAAUACUACCCUACUGCUGAGGAAGUUUAUGGCGAAGAUGUUGAAACCCUAGUUGAAGAUGAAGAUGAACUUCCUCUUGAACAGCCGAUUAUUAGGCCUGUUAAAGCUCUGAAAUUUGAACUUGGUGUUAAGGAUUCGUCUACUUAUGUUUCGACUCAGUUUAUGCUUGGUCUUAUGUCGAACCCUAAUUUGGUGCGGAAUGUUGCGCUUGUUGGGCAUUUACAUCAUGGGAAGACGCUGUUUAUGGAUAUGCUUGUUGAGCAGACUCAUCAUAUUUCUACUUUUGAUACUAAGAAUGAGAGGCAUAUGAGGUAUACAGAUACGAGGUUUGAUGAGCAAGAGAGGAGAAUUUCUAUCAAGUCUGUGCCAAUGUCGCUUGUUCUUGAGGAUAGUAACUCGAAAUCAUUUUUGAUUAAUAUUAUGGAUGCCCCAGGUCAUGUGAAUUUCUCAGAUGAGAUGAGUGCUGCUCUAAGGCUCGCUGAUGGGGCUGUUCUGGUUGUUGAUGCAGCUGAAGGUGUCAUGGUCAAUACCGAGAGGGCUAUUCGUCAUGCAACUCAGGAGUGUAUCCCAAUAGUAGUUGUUAUUAAUAAGGUUGACAGGUUGAUAACAGAGCUUAAAUUGCCUCCUAAAGAUGCCUACCAUAAACUGAGGCAUACUUUAGAAAUCAUCAACAACCACAUCACGGCGGCCUCUUCCACUGCUGGAGAUGUCCAGCUUAUAGAUCCAGCAGCGGGGAACGUUUGUUUUGCCAGCGCAACAGCAGGAUGGUCAUUCACUCUGCAAUCAUUUGCAAAGCUAUAUGUGAAACUACAUGGAGUACCAUUUGAUGCAAGUAAGUUUGCUGCUCGUCUGUGGGGAGACAUGUACUACCAUCCAGACAGCAGAAGUUUUAAGAGAAAACCUCCUGCAACUGGAGGGGAAAGAUCUUUUGUUCAAUUUAUCUUAGAGCCACUGUAUAAAAUAUAUAGUCAAGUCAUCGGGGAGCAUAGAAAGAGUGUGGAGGCAACAUUAGCAGAACUUGGGGUUACACUUCCAAAUGCAGCCUACAAGUUGAAUGUUCGACCAUUGUUAAGACUUGCCUGUAGCUCAGUUUUUGGUACAGCAACAGGCUUCACUGAUAUGCUAGUUCAGCACGUUCCUUGUGGAAAAGAAGCUUCUUCAAGAAAGGUCGAUCACAUAUAUACUGGUCCAAAAGAGACUAUGGUUUACAACUCCAUGGAGAAUUGUGAUCCAUCAGGACCACUUAUGGUUAAUAUUACCAAACUCUAUCCGAAACCAGAUUGCAGUGUUUUUGAUGCCUUUGGUAGAGUGUACAGUGGCACGAUCCAAACAGGCCAGACUGUUCGUGUGCUAGGAGAAGGGUACUCACCUGAGGAUGAAGAAGAUAUGACAGUGAAAGAAGUUACAAAGUUGUGGGUUUACCAGGCUCGUUAUAGGAUCCCUGUAAGCAAGGCUCCACCAGGUUCAUGGGUUCUUAUUGAAGGUGUAGAUGCCUCUAUCAUGAAGACUGCAACACUUUGUAGCGUUGAUUAUGAUGAAGAUGUAUACAUAUUCCGCCCUCUUCAGUUCAAUACACUUUCAGUGGUGAAAACUGCUACAGAGCCUCUUAAUCCUAGUGAACUACCAAAAAUGGUCGAGGGUCUUAGAAAAAUCAGCAAGAGCUACCCUCUAGCCAUUACUAAAGUUGAGGAAUCGGGGGAGCAUACAAUUUUGGGCACUGGGGAGUUAUACCUUGAUUCUAUCAUGAAGGACCUGAGAGAGCUUUAUUCUGAAGUAGAAGUCAAGGUAGCGGAUCCAGUUGUCUCAUUUUGUGAAACAGUGGUAGAGUCUUCAUCAAUGAAGUGUUUUGCUGAAACUCCCAACAAGAAGAACAAGAUUACUAUGAUUGCAGAACCUUUGGAAAGAGGUCUCGCAGAGGAUAUUGAGAGCGGUAUCGUGAGCAUUGAUUGGCCACGAAAAAAAUUGGGAGAUUUCUUCCAAUCUAAGUAUGAAUGGGAUUUGCUGGCUGCCCGUUCUAUAUGGGCUUUUGGACCAGAUAAGCAGGGGCCUAACAUAUUAUUAGAUGACACGCUUCCUAGUGAAGUUGACAAGAACUUGCUGAGUGCUGUGAAGGAUUCUAUUGUUCAAGGCUUUCAGUGGGGUGCUCGAGAAGGUCCCCUCUGCGAUGAACCAAUCAGAAACGUGAAAUUCAAGAUAGUUGAUGCUAGGAUUGCUCCUGAGCCACUACAUCGGGGUACUGGACAAUUAAUCCCCACAGCCCGUCGUGUGGCUUAUUCAGCUUUCCUCAUGGCAACCCCUCGUCUUAUGGAGCCAGUGUAUUAUGUGGAGAUACAAACACCAAUAGAUUGUGUUUCUGCAAUCUACACGGUUUUAUCUCGUAGGCGUGGCCAUGUGACUGCUGAUGUUCCGCAACCAGGGACCCCAGCGUAUAUUGUCAAGGCAUUUUUGCCUGUGAUAGAGUCAUUUGGAUUUGAGACAGAUUUAAGGUAUCAUACCCAAGGUCAGGCCUUCUGCUCUUCUGUGUUUGAUCAUUGGGCUAUUGUCCCUGGCGAUCCCCUAGACAAGAGCAUUGUCCUACGGCCUCUUGAACCUGCCCCAAUACAGCACCUUGCAAGAGAAUUCAUGGUGAAAACAAGGCGUAGAAAGGGUAUGAGUGAGGAUGUUAGCAUCCAGAAGUUCUUUGAUGACGCUAUGGUUGUGGAGCUGGCUCAACAGGCCGCAGAUCUUCAUCUGCAGAUGAUGUGAAGGAUGGAUAACCCUCUUUUUUCUUCAUGACCAGAGAUAUUCCUGUCAGGUCUUGAUAUUUAGAAAAUCUCCUGCACGCACAUGGAUUUUGUUUUUGUUGAAUAUUGGAGUUGGAUCCGUUAGUGAUUAUCAGAUAUGUACAUCGACGAUUUGGAAUAUAGUUUCUCUACAAGGAUCGAAAUUAACAAAUGCUUGCGGUGACUUCAUUUCAAGCUAAAUGCUACUAAUGAUAUCAUUCUUUCCCAAGUUUCAAA